UCUUUGUGCCACUCAACCCUUAUAUAAUCUCCCUUUCAUUUCCCUUCCUUUUUACUGCAAACCCAUCUUCUUAUUCAUCUUUUCCUCUUACUAAUUAUAAUCUCUUUUUCUUUCAUUACCAUUAAAUCAUGAAAAAUUCAAUCAUACGUUUCUAUUUCUAUUUACUUGUUAUAUUUCUCACUAAACAAUCCAUGGUUAGAGGAGAGUGCACGUGCGAAAAAGACGAUCAACCUCAAGAUGGGAAAUCGAUAACUCUUAAAUACAAGUUAGCCUCCAUUGGAGCCAUCUUGGGUGCUAGUGCGAUUGGGGUGAGUCUUCCUUUAUUGGGUAAUCGGGUACCCGUUUUAAAACCCGAAAACGAUAUAUUCUUCACGAUUAAGGCGUUUGCCGCCGGAGUGAUCCUUGCUACCGGAUUUAUUCAUAUACUACCGGAGGCGUUUGAGGGGCUUACGUCACCUUGUAUCGGAGAAACACCGUGGCAAAAGUUUCCAUUUGCGUCGUUUAUUGCGAUGGUCGCCGCUAUUGGGAGUUUAAUGGUGGAUACUCUGGCAACUGGGCAUUAUAGAAAGGUUCACUAUAAAGAAAGUGGAAAUAAAAAUAAUAAUAAUAUUAAUAUUGAUAAUAAAGUGGUAGAUGAAGAAAGGAAUGAUGAGCAUGCGAAUCAUGUGCAUGUUCAUAGUCAUGCUACACAUGGUCAUGCUCAUGGUCAUGGCGGUGGUUCUUUCGUGGGCAACAAUGGAGAUUUUGGGGAACAAUCGAGUAAACUCGAUCUUAUUAGACAUCGGGUUACUGCUCAGGUGUUAGAGUUGGGAGUGUUGGUUCAUUCAGUAAUAAUAGGAAUAUCAUUAGGCACAUCACAAAGCUUGGACACUAUAAAGCCUCUAAUGGUUGCAUUAUGCUUCCAUCAAUUCUUUGAAGGCAUGGGACUUGGCGGAUGCAUCUUGCAAGCCAAGUUCAAGUCCCAAGCGACAGUCACUAUGGCUAUAUUCUUCUCAUUGACCACCCCAAUCGGCAUCGCUAUUGGCAUAGGAAUAGCGGGUGUUUACAACGAGAAUAACGCUCGGUCGCUUAUAAUACAAGGGAUCUUUGAGGCUGCUGCAGCAGGAAUACUGAUUUAUAUGGCUCUUGUGGAUUUACUGGCUGCUGAUUUUAUGAACCCAAGAAUGCAAGCUAAUAGCAGAAUUCAGUUGGGUUCUCAUUUGUCUUUACUUCUUGGAGCUGGUUGUAUGUCUGUUUUAGCUAAAUGGGCAUGACAUAUAAUCCUUUCUUUUGAUUUUAUUUUUAUUUUUAUUUUUAUUUAGCUAGCAAAUUAGUUUUGACUACAUAAAGUGAUGAGAUGAGAUGAUCUUAAGAAAAGGUUAUAUAUGUUAUGAAAAAGUUGUCAAAAUCAUUUUUAUACAAGGUAAAUGAGAAUUGGCGAAGGAAGAUGCUCAAAAUUGCUACUUUUUG